AUGGCGAGACAGCAGUGGCGCCGGCACGCCGUUGCCACGCUCGGCGUCGCGUGCGCGGCGGCCGUCGUUGCCGUGGCAGCCACCGACGGCCCGAUGAGGAACUCGACAGCCGCCGCCACACCAGGGGCCCCGGCGCCGGAGAUGGGCGGCCUAGCGCCCCCGGGGAGCGAUGGCAAGGCGUACCACCACGUUUGGCCGCCCAUGGAAUUUGGAUGGCGAGUUGUGGUGGGUUCACUGAUCGGGUUCUUCGGCGCGGCGUGCGGGAGCGUCGGCGGCGUCGGUGGUGGCGGCAUCUUCGUCCCCAUGCUGACUCUCAUCAUCGGCUUUGAUCCCAAGUCAUCCACGGCAAUAUCCAAGUGCAUGAUCAUGGGAGGGUCCGUUUCAACUGUCUACUACAACCUGAAGCUGAAGCACCCGAGUCUGGACAUGCCGCUGAUCGACUACGACCUUGCCCUGCUCAUGCAGCCUAUGCUCAUGCUUGGGGUCAGCAUUGGCGUCAUUUUCAAUGUUAUUUUCCCCAACUGGCUCAUCACGGCUCUCCUCAUAACCAUUUUCCUAGUCACAUCAACUAAGGCAUAUCUCAAGGGCUUCGAAACUUGGAAGAAAGAAACCAUAAGGAAAAGGGAAGAUGCAACAAGACAGGAGCAGAUAUGUCAGGAACCAGAGCAUGCAGCAACAAUCCCUAUAGAAGCAGAUGCUCCUGCUAAUAAUAAGUCAAAAACCCCGACAGAUGAAGCGACAUCAAUUCUGAAGAACAUUUAUUGGAAGGAGUUCGGUCUUCUCGCAUUCGUUUGGGUGGCAUUCCUUGGCCUCCAGGUCACAAAGAACUACGUGGCUUCUUGCUCCAUUUGGUACUGGGUGUUGAAUUCUCUCCAGAUCCCGGUGGCAGUUGGAGUGACAGUGUAUGAAGCCUACGGGCUAAGAACAGGGAAAAGGGUGCUGUCAUCGAAGGGAAGCCAGCAGCAAAGUACCCUAAGAAUUCGGCAGCUGCUGGUGUACUGUCUGUUCGGCAUCCUGGCAGGGCUCAUCGGUGGCCUGCUAGGCAUGGGUGGUGGCUUCAUCAUGGGCCCACUCUUCCUGGAGCUCGGAAUUCCUCCCCAGGUGUCAAGUGCUACGGCCACAUUCACAAUGAUGUUCUCGUCGUCCAUGUCGGUCGUGGAGUACUACCUGUUGCACCGGUUCCCGGUGCCUUAUGCUGCUUACUUCACGGCCGUGGCAUUCGUGGCGGCCAUCACGGGGCAGCACUGCAUGAGGAAGCUGAUCGCUUGGUUGGGGCGGGUGUCCCUCAUCAUCUUCAUCUUGGCAUCCAUGAUCUUCGUUAGCGCCCUUACUCUCGGCGGGGUAGGCAUCUCAAACAUAGUUCACAGGAUGGAGCGGCAUCAGUACAUGGGCUUCGAAAGCCUUUGUAAGGUGUAG